AGUAAGAGCUUUUGGUGUCUUUGUUACUCCUGCGCAAAACAAUCGCAAACCUCCAUCCGGCUGCACGCUCCCACGAACUGCUGGAUGCGGUCGCGCACCAACAAAGACAAAGCGACCGCGGUGAGCAUACAAGAGCAGGUGACACAAGACAUAGCAUGUAUGCGAGUGACCCCAUCUCACGGCCAAGGUAUCACGCUGAUCAUACAGCGCGCAUCUUCACUUUACCAACGUAACUCCGAUCGCGCGCGAUGUCUUUCCUCCAAAACCUCUUCAGUUCGCCCGCCACAUCCUCGCUCGCUAAGAAGCGCAAUGUCCUAGAUACGCCGAGUUCGCGCUCGGGUGAGAAGAGAAAGAGGGAUGCGUACGACCCGGAACAAUACCAGAAUGCUGUUUAUGCUGGUGCUGGUACGGCGCGGGUGAACGGAGAUGAUGUGUUUGUAUUGGAUGAGGAGGAAGCAGCAGCGCAUCAAUUGCAAGCCGAAGCUGAAGUUGAGAUUGAAGACGAUGACGAAGAUGACGAUGCUCGGCCGUACGUGACUCCGAAAUCUGUUCGCAAACUUUCUCGCGAUUUAUACACUGCUAUUGAAGCGCGCGGUUCGGGUAGUAGGGCUGAUAGGACAGAGAAGCACGGCGAGGCAGAGAGGGCGUUGGCUGGUACAAGCACCAGGGUAACGGUCUCGCCAUCAAUAUGUACGGGCAGUGAGACCGAUAACGAAGAAGACGAAGUAAACGAUGACAUGGAUUGGCCCAGCGACGACGACCUACAUCUAUCAUUCUCCCCCACCACAUCGUCCGCCAACCCAGUCAUGACUAGCACCAACGCGAUCAUAACGCCCGAGCAGAAAUGUUCUACAAAGCCCAACCUACGCGCCCGCGAACUUUCCUCAAACCCUAAGUCAAUCCGCGCCGAAUCACCGUCAGAACCAGAAUACGCGUUCCGCGACGCUGAGAUAAGGGAUGGACUAUGCCAUCUCACGACCUCGAUCGAGGACUUCUCCAAAGAACAUUUCCCUUCCGGCGCGCACACCUCUUUCACGUUCAAGGAUAAGAACGGGGAUGUCAUGAUGCACAACAAGUUCUUCAAGUCAUUGACGCUGGAGACGGCGAAGUUAAUUAAUUGUGUGGCGAGUGGAGGUCCAAGUGGAUUGUGGGGAUGGCACAAUCUCUUUGUCGAUAUAGAGAAAUUGCAAGCGCUUGUUUGUGGGGUGAUUGGGAAUGUGUUGAGUUUCGAUUGCAACGCCCGCUACGCAGCGACUAUCCGCGCCCACCUACCUGCACCGACAUUCCUCCCUAAGAACUUCAACGGCCACGUCACACCAUCAUCGGAGCACUAUGGCGACCCACCAACCCUCUCAUCCAUCUUCAAACCCCUCCGCCGCCUCACCACUUCCGCCGCCCUCCUCUCCCUACACAUGCACCUCGACCCUCACACAGCCUACCACCACGUCCCCCUCUUCAAGGAAGACAACUACGAUUCCUCAGUUAUGGAAUGCUACAACGAUGCUUCCAUGAGACAACGCAACAUGCAUAACAAAUACGCAGAAGUCGAAGGCGAAGAACAGAAGCGCCGCGACACGUUGAGCGGAUGGGAAGUUGGAUCGAGUGAUGUGAGUGGUGAGGGUGGACCGGUGUAUGGGAAGAGAGAGUAUAAGAAUAUGGGUAUACGCGUAAGGGUGCUUACGCAAGGGUUGGUGUAUUGUCGCUGGGGACGGGCGCUUAGCAUGCAAAAAGCUGCUUUGAUGGAUAACGAGACUGAGAAGAAGAUACACGGCGAUGCGUGGAGAGAGGGUGGUUUCAUGCAGUUUACGGAUGUGGAGGGUGUGUUUGACUGGUUGGGGAAGGAAAGGAGGGAGAAGGCGGAAGCGAGGGAGGCCUUUAUCCAAAGGAUAGCUGAGAGGGCGAGCGCUUCUGGUACUGGUACUGGGGCUGUGGAGAAGACUCAUGAGAUUCGAGAGGAACCAGAGAAGAUAAAGAGGAAGGGCAAGGGGAAGGUGAGGGAGGAGAUUGAGGACUCUGAUCCGGAUCGUUGA